AUCUUCCUUGUAUGGCCAUUGUAGACAUUUGUCUUGUCUAUCUUUGCAAUUGAAGAGUAUAAUGUAAUCAGCUUUUCCCAUCAGUAGUUUGUCAGUGCCUGCUUGGUUCUGAUGUGAUACUACAAGGACGCUAAGCAUGUUCAGAAGUUAAUUGCGAAUUUUGUUGUAUCCAGGUGUUUAAUGAUGACGGUAGAUUCUACUGUUGAUCACCUUCUACGAGGACAAGAACUUCCAGGGUCGCUCCUAUGAGGCCAGCAGCGACUGCCCUGACAUGUCCUCAUACCUGAGUCGCUGCAGCUCCUGCAGGGUGGAGAGUGGCUGCUUCAUGGUCUAUGAGAGGCCCAAUUAUAUGGGCCAACAGAUGUUGGUGAGAAGGGGUGAAUACCCAGACAACCAGCGUCUAAUGGGAAUGAAUAGAAGCGACUGCAUCAGAUCCUGCCACAUGAUCCCUAUGCACAAGGGAGUCUUCAGGAUGAGGAUCUACGAGAGGGAAAAUUUCUCUGGUCAGAUGCAUGAGCUGAUGGACGACUGUGAAUUCAUCCAGGAACGCUUCCGUAUGAACGACUGCCAAUCCUGCAAGGUCAUGGAUGGACACUGGCUGAUGUAUGAGCAGCCUCAGUACAGAGGCAGGCAGAUGUACCUGAGCCCUGGAGACUACAGAAGCAUGAGGGAGAUGGGCAUGGACAUAAGAACUGGCUCCAUGAGACGUAUCAUGGAAUCAUGUUAGAACCAUGAACCAACCUCUACCUAAUAACAAUAAAUAUGCUUUUGU